UCACUUUUUUUUUUUUUUUUUUGUUUGCAUUUUUUUCUCUUUCCCCCCUUCUGGUGGAAGUGAGCCUUCCACCUUCAAGACCCUGAAAGAAAGUGUCAGGAACCGGUGCAAAUCCGGUUUAAGUUAAAGAAGACAUUUAGAAGUCCAAGAGGCCAAGCAGUUUGAAGAAGUCUUAAGAUUUUUUUUUCCUUCAAAGAAUAUAUUUUUAAAGAAGCCAGGCAGUCCACGGCAAGCGACGACAGUUUUUUUUUUGCCUCUUUUAUUUUAGACCGAGAGUCUUUUUCUUUUUUUCCCUUUCCUUUUUCUUUUUGCAAACAAAACAAAAAGCAGCAUAGAAGAAAAAGCAAAAUAAAGAAGAAGAGGAGGAAGAGAGGGCAAGAGAGGAAAGGGGGGAGAAAGCACCAACCCGGGCCGAGGAGGAGGCGCGCGGCGGCGGCGGCUCGGACCCCUUCCCGGCCCCAUCAGUGCAGCUCUCCGGGCGAUGCCAGAAUAGAUGCCGGGGCAAUGUCCCGCCGCAAACAGGGCAACCCGCAGCACUUGUCCCAGAGGGAGCUCAUCACGCCAGAGGCUGACCAUGUGGAGGCUGCCAUCCUUGAGGAAGACGAGGGUCUGGAGAUAGAGGAGCCCAGCGGCCUGGGGCUGAUGGUGGGUGGCCCCGACCCUGACCUGCUCACCUGUGGCCAGUGUCAGAUGAACUUCCCCCUGGGGGACAUCCUGGUUUUUAUAGAGCACAAGAAGAAGCAGUGUGGCGGUAGCCUGGGUGCCUGCUAUGACAAAGGCCUGGACAAAGGCAGCCCGCCGCCCUCCUCGCGCUCUGAGCUCAGGAAAGUGUCCGAGCCGGUAGAGAUCGGAAUCCAGGUCACCCCGGACGAAGAUGACCACCUGCUCUCACCCACGAAAGGCAUCUGCCCCAAGCAGGAGAACAUUGCAGGGCCGUGCAGGCCUGCCCAGCUGCCAGCGAUGGCCCCUAUAGCUGCCUCCUCCUCCCUCCCUCACACAUCAGUGAUCGCUUCACCUCUGCGGGCCCUGGGCACACUCCCGCCCUGCUUCCCGCUGCCCUGCUGCAGUGCGCGCCCCGUGUCGGGCGACGGGACUCAGGGUGAGGGUCAGACGGAGGUUCCCUUUGGAUGCCAAUGUCAGUUGUCAGGUAAAGAUGAGCCUUCCAGCUACAUUUGCACAACAUGCAAGCAGCCCUUCAACAGCGCGUGGUUCCUGCUGCAGCACGCGCAGAACACGCACGGAUUCCGCAUCUACCUGGAGCCUGGGCCGGCCAGCAGCUCGCUCACGCCGCGCCUCACCAUCCCUCCGCCGCUCGGGCCCGAGGCCGUGGCGCAGUCCCCGCUCAUGAAUUUCCUCGGAGACAGCAACCCCUUCAACCUGCUGCGUAUGACGGGCCCCAUCCUGCGAGACCACCCGGGCUUCGGCGAGGGCCGCCUGCCCGGCACGCCGCCGCUCUUCAGCCCGCCGCCGCGACACCACCUGGACCCGCACCGCCUCAGCGCCGAGGAGAUGGGGCUCGUGGCCCAGCACCCCAGUGCCUUCGACCGAGUCAUGCGCCUGAACCCCCUGGCCAUCGACUCGCCCGCCAUGGACUUCUCGCGGCGGCUCCGCGAGCUGGCGGGCAACAGCGCCACCCCGCCGCCCGUGUCGCCGGGCCGCGGCAACCCUAUGCACCGGCUCCUGAACCCGUUUCAGCCCAGCCCCAAGUCCCCGUUCCUGAGCACGCCGCCGCUGCCCCCCAUGGCCCCCGGCGGCACGCCCCCGCCGCAGCCGCCGACCAAGAGCAAGUCGUGCGAGUUCUGCGGCAAGACCUUCAAGUUCCAGAGCAAUCUCAUUGUGCACCGUCGCAGUCACACGGGGGAGAAGCCCUACAAGUGCCAGCUGUGCGACCACGCGUGCUCGCAGGCGAGCAAGCUCAAGCGCCACAUGAAGACGCACAUGCACAAGGCGGGCUCGCUGGCCGGCCGCUCCGACGACGGGCUGUCAGUCGCCAGCUCCCCCGAGCCCGGCACCAGCGAGCUGGCCGGCGAGGGCCUCAAGGCGGCCGACGGCGACUUCCGCCACCACGAGAGCGACCCGUCGCUGGGCCAUGAGCCCGAGGAGGAGGACGAGGAGGAGGAGGAGGAGGAAGAGGAGCUGCUGCUGGAGAACGAGAGCCGGCCCGAGUCGAGCUUCAGCAUGGACUCGGAGCUGAGCCGCAAUCGCGAGAAUGGCGGCGGCGUGGUGGCCGGCGUGGCGGGCGCGGGCGGCGUGGGCGUGGGCGGCGCGGCCAAGGCGCUGGCUGAUGAGAAGGCGCUGGUGCUGGGCAAGGUCAUGGAGAACGUGGGCCUGGGCGCGCUGCCCCCGCAGUACGGCGACCUCCUGGCCGACAAGCAGAAGCGUGGCGCCUUCCUGAAACGCGCAGCCGGCGGCGGGGACGCGGGCGACGAGGACGACGCGGGCGGCUGUGGGGACUCGGGCGCGACUGGCGCGGUGAACGGGCGUGGCGGCGGCUUCGCGCCGGGCACCGAGCCCUUCCCGGGCCUGUUUCCGCGCAAGCCCGCGCCCAUGCCCAGCCCCGGGCACAACAGCAAGCGCAUUAAGGUGGAGAAGGACCUGGAGCUGCCACCCGCCGCGCUCAUCCCCUCGGAGAACGUGUACUCGCAGUGGCUCGUGGGCUAUGCGGCGUCACGGCACUUCAUGAAGGACCCCUUCCUGGGCUUCACGGACGCGCGCCAGUCGCCCUUCGCCACGUCCUCCGAGCACUCGUCCGAGAACGGCAGCCUGCGCUUCUCCACGCCGCCCGGGGACCUGCUGGACGGCGGGCUGUCGGGGCGCAGCGGCACGGCCAGCGGGGGCAGCACCCCGCACCUGGGCGGCCCGGGCCCUGGCCGGCCGAGCUCCAAGGAGGGCCGGCGCAGCGAUACAUGCGAGUACUGCGGCAAGGUGUUCAAGAACUGCAGCAACCUGACGGUGCACCGGCGGAGCCACACCGGCGAGCGGCCUUACAAGUGCGAGCUGUGCAACUACGCGUGCGCGCAGAGCAGCAAGCUCACGCGCCACAUGAAGACGCACGGGCAGAUCGGCAAGGAGGUGUACCGCUGCGACAUCUGCCAGAUGCCCUUCAGCGUCUACAGCACCCUGGAGAAACACAUGAAAAAGUGGCACGGCGAGCACUUGCUAACUAACGACGUCAAAAUCGAGCAGGCGGAGAGGAGCUAAGUGCGUGGGCCUGGCGCGCCGCGGCCACCCCAGGGAAAGCCUGCCUGACUUGUCUCCGUCACCGCCACCGCCAUCGCCACCGAGCCCCUGCCCCUGCGUGUCCCCGGGGCCCAGGGAGGCGGCACCCCAACCUAACCUGUGUCUGCGAAGUCCUACGGAAACCCGAGGGUUGAUUAAGGCAGUAAAAAUUGUGGAGCCUUUUAACUGUGCAAUAAUUUCUGUAUUUAUUGGGUUUUGUAAUUUUUUUUUUUGGCAUGUGCAGGUACUUUUUAUUAUUAUUCUUUCUGUUAAAGUUCCUUUAAAAGAUUUUGUUGGGUAUCCAUCCCUUCAUUUUUUUUUUUUUUUUAACCCAGUAGUCUGGGCAAUGACUCGCAAGCAAUGUAGAUGGGAAGCAUAUCUUUUAAAUUAUAAUUUUUGGGGGGGGAGGGCGCUGCUUUUUUAAAAUUUAAGCUAAGCAUGUGUAAUUUCUUGUGAAGAAGCCAACACUUACAUGACUUUUAAAGUUGUUUACUUUCUAAUUUUUUCCCUUUUUUUUUUGUUUUUUGGUCCUAAAAUAAAAUGUGGCAUGCAUUUUUUUGAGGGGGGGUGUGGAUGUACAGCGGAUAACAAUCUUUAAAAUCGUAGCACUUUGUUUCAGAACUGGAAUGGAGAUGUAGCACUGACGACAAGUCAUAGAGGCCUUUUCUGUGUUGGUUUCAACUGUCGAGUGGUGACAAGGGAAGCUUGCAGGGGGCCGGGUGCGGGAGGAACUGCACAAGCCAGGCACGGCUUCCAGGCUGUGCUGAGUAGACGGCCCGCAGGUGUGCGUUACCAGCAGACACGGCCACUUCUUGGCAUGCUGAUGCCCCCGAUGCCAGCUCUGCCCUGUGCUGUAGAUUUGGCUGCAUUAAAUGGGUCGAGGGUACUUUUUAUUGGGUAGAUGGUGGUGGCCUGCAGUGACACAGAAAGGAAGUGUCCCCUGGUGUUCUUCCAGGCUUCUGAUUUAACGACGACUUCUCCCUUUUUCUCACCCCAUGUUGUAAUUCCCAAGUGUAUGUUGCUACAACUGGUAAAUGACCAUUUAUUUCUCAAGCAGGCAGACGCCCUGAUGGUAAAUUGGGAAGUUAGUGUCCUCUUGCUCGAUGCACACUGGUGACCUUGUAGAGACAGGGAAAACCUUGCAAAUUUCUGCUCCCUUUUCCUGGAGAAGCAGGGGAAGAGUUCCAUCCGGAGGUGCCCAGCGCUAUUUCCCAAUUUUUUUUUCUCUGAUUAGGUUGAAAGGUACAAAACGUUGGACUGUUAGGAUUAGACAUUUGAAUUCUGUUGACCCGCACUUUAAAGCUUUUGUUUGCAUUUAAAUUAAAUGGCUUCUAAACAAGAAAUUGCAACAUCUGCUCUUUGGCCCAGAGGUGGGUUAAACCCUAAGGGACAGCUGAGAUUGAGUGUCAGUGUUGCUAAGCGUGGCAUUCACAAUACUGGCACUAUAAAGAACAAAAUAAAAUAAUAAUUUAUUGGACAGUUUUUCUACUGCCAUUCAAUUUGAUGUGAGUGCCUUGAAAACUGAUCUUCCUAUUUGAGUCUCUUGAGACAAAUGCAAAACUUUUUUUUUGAAAUGAAAAGACUUUUUAAAAAAAGUAAAACAAGAAAAGUACAUUCUUUAGAAACAAACAAAGCCACAUUUACUUUAAUUUAAAAAAAUCCUGGUUGAAGAUAGAGGACAUGAAAUGCCAUAAGACCCAAUCAAAUGAAGAAUUAAACCCAGCACAACCGUGGACAUCCAUUAGCUGAAUUAUCUUCAGCUCCUUUUGUUUUUGGGACAGCGCUGCUUAGAUAUUGGAGUGGAGGUGAUUUACUGCUGAAUUAAAACUCAAGUGACACAAGUUGAUAUCGUUGAAUGAAAAAACAAAACAAAAAACAAUUCAGGAGCAAUGGCUAAUUUUUUCUAAAGUUAAAUUUAGUGCACUCUGUCUUAAAAAUACGUUUACAGUAUUGGAUACAUACAAGGGUAAAAAAAAUUGUGUGUAUGUGUGUUGGCGCGAUCAUUUUUUUUUUUCAAAGUUUGCUUAAUAGAUUCUACAAAAAUGCCACAAUGGCUGCGUGUAUAUUGUUUUCUUUUGGUGACGGGGUUUUAGUAUAUAUUAUAUAUAUUAAAAUUUCUUGAUUACUGUAAAAGUGGACCAGUAUUUGUAAUAAUUGAGAAUGCCUGGGCAUUUUACAAAACAAGAAAGAAAAAAAAAACUUUUUUUUCCUUGAAAAUGUUGCAGUAAAAUUUAAAUGGUGGGUCUAUCAAUUUGUUCUUGUCACAGUAACUGUAAAGUCGGAGUUUUAGUAAAUUUUUUUCUGCCUUGGGUGUUGAAUUUUUAUUUCAAAAAAGAUGUAUAGAAACUUGUAUUUGGGGAUUAAAAGGGGAUUGCUACACCAUGUAGAAAAAGUAUGUAGAAAAAAGUGCUUAAUAUUGUUAUUGCUUUGCAGAAAAAAAAAUCACAUUUCUGACCUGUACUUAUUUUUCUCUCCCCACCUCCCUCUGGAAUGGAUAUAUUGGUUGGUUCGUAUGAUGUAGGCACUUGCUGUAUUUUUACUGGAGCUUGUAAUUUUUUAACUGUAAGCUUGUCCUUUUAAAGGGAUUUAAUGUACCUUUUUGUUAGUGAAUUUGGAAAUAAAAAGAAAAAAAAAACAAAAACAAACAGGCUGCCAUAAUAUAUUUUUUUAAUUUGGCAGGAUAAAAUAUUGCAAAAAAAUUUGUAUGUUAAGUCCUAUUGUACAGGAGAAAAAAAGGGGUUGUUUGACAACCUUUGUGAAAGAGACAGAAGGAAGUAGUUCAGUACUUUGGUUCGCAGAUCGUUUCAGUUGCAUAUAUUUUUUGUUGGAAUUGGCCUACACAAAGAAGGGUUCGAGGUGGGCUUCGAGCUCAAGGCCGAACUUUGUCCCAGGGCACCUUGGUGUGGCCGCAGCAGACUGGAUGGGAAACGCUUUAUUUGUCUUGAGUGGAAAAAUCAGUUUGUGUUAAGAUGUCGGCCACAUUCCACAGUGUCCUCCCUUCCUCUCACAGGCCAUCUGUGAGGCGGCAGGUGUUCAGGAGAGACGCUCGAGGUCCCCUUCCUUCUCUGCUGUCGCCUCUGUGGUGGUCAGCACCACCUCUGCUGGCCUCCGUGGCAGAGAAGUGUAAACCAAGCUGCUGUCUUCCUUGAGAAAACAGGAAACAAACGCUAGCCGGCCAGGUCCAGGUCCCCGGCGGCUGGUGCAGGCGGGGUGUGGGGAGGGAGCCUUUCAACCAGGAUCUUCCGUUCCAUGGAGACGUUGGCCUAUUUUUCUUCCCUACUUUGCUGCUUUUCUCUCCGAAACCUACAUUCCCGUCCAUUUCCGAAUGCCGAGGGCCUGGGAUGAAUGAAUUCGGUGCCUUUUCGCCUCUUUCCUUCCUCUGCAUUCCCCUCCAUUCCCCUCCAUUCCCCUCCAUUCCCCUCCAUUCCCCUCCAUUCCCCUCCAUUCCCCUCCAUUCCCCUCCAGCCUCCAGCCUCCAGCCUCUGUCUGUCUUGUAACUGUUCAUUUCAUUUUUAUUUAAUUUCUUUUCUUUCUCUCUGUCCCUCCCGACCCUGCCCCUCUUUUUUUUUUUUGUAAAGCCAAGUAGCUUUAAGAUAAUAAAAGUAGUGGUCUUUUGGAGGGAAUAAUACAUUUUUAACAAAUACCUAUAUCAGGAAGCCAUUUUUUUAAUUUCAGGAAAUGUAAGAAACCAUUACUUCAGGUUAUGGGAGUAUAACCAAGCAUCCUGCUAGGCAAUUCUUUACCAAAUGCAGAAAUCGUCCUGGGAGCUUUUCUGUUUGCGCUGUUUCCCCUUUCCACUCCCCUUUGCAAGGUUAAAAGAGAGGGGCAGGGGAGUGGGCAAGUUUGAGUUCCCCACCUGCCCAGCCUGGGCACCAGGGCUGCCUUCCCUGCCCCGGGCCCUGCCCCUGCCGUGUUAGCGGCUGCGGAGUCCCCACGGUGGUGUCCUGCGGCCUUCACUGGUAGCCAGUGCUCACCAGCUCACACACAAUCACCAGAAUGCCAGGACGAAGCCAUCCUAAAGCACAAGGCUUGUGUGUCUCUGUGGACUGCAGAGAGAAGAGAAUUUUGCUUCUCUUCUGUAUUAAAAAUAAGUAAAUAAUGCACCCCAAAGCAGGUGACCCAGAGAGAGGGCUCUGGCCUGGGUGACCCCACCAACCUCAGCCUGGGUUCCACACUGCCACAACUUUGCCCAAAGUUGCCCCCCAUUGGAACCUGCCACUUGCCAUUGGAGAGUCUCAAGGGGAGAGGAGACUGAAUUACUCUAAGCAAAAUGUGAAAAGUAAGGAAAUCAGCCCUGCAUCCCGGCUCAUCCAUCAGCCGGGAGUUUUGUUGAACACAGGCAAAUCUGUGAUUUGGUGCUCUUUGUAUCUCAGCCCUGCAAAGCAAAGUUACAUUGAUUUCAGUUGUUUGCAUUUGUACUGGCAAGGCAAAAUAUUUUUAUUACCUUUUCUAUUACUUAUUGUAUGAGCUUUUGUUGUUUACUUGGAGGUUUUGUCUUUUACUACAAGUUUGGAACUAUUUAUUAUUGCUUGGUAUUUGUGCUCUGUUUAAGAAAUGGGCACUUUUUUUUUAAUUAUGGAUAAAAUGUUGAGAUGACAGGAGGUCAUUUCAAUAUGGCUUAGUAAAAUAUUUAUUGUUCUUUUUAUUCUCUGUACAAGAUUUGGGGCCUCUUUUUUCCCUUAAUGUCACAAUGUUGAGUUCAGCAUGUGUCUACCAUUUCAUUUGUACGCUUGUUCAAAGCCAAGUUUGUUCUGGUUUCAAGUUAUAAAAAUAAAUUGGACAUUU